AUGCCAACAAUCCAGUAUAGCGGCGAAGUAUUCUCAUUUCAGCCUAUUACCAAAAAAUAUGGCAUUCGUUUAGCCAUUCUCCAUCCAGCCCCAUCGGAUAAGGAAGCAAUACAUUGCAGUUUAAUCCACACCACUCUCUCGGAAUGCGACAACGAUAUUAUCGACCAUUAUACCGCAUUAUCUUACGUUUGGGGAUCGGGGAUUGAUGAAAAUGAAGAGACCACUUUUCGAACGAUAUUCUUGGACAACAAACCGUAUAAUAUCACUACGAAUUUCCAUGCUGCUCUUGUGAAUUUGAGAGAUUCUAAGAAGCCCUUCCGGCUUUGGGCGGACUCCCUGUGUAUCAACCAAGGUGCUGGUGGCGAGGAAGAGAAAGCGCAGCAGGUUGCUAUGAUGGGACGAAUCUACGAAAUUGCCGACCAUACAGUUAUUUACCUGGGAACACCUGAUCCAAGCAUCGACAUCAAAGAUAAAUUUUAUCCCAUCUUGAGGGCUGGCGAUAUUCUGGGUAAGCCCUGGUUUAGACGUAUCUGGGUCUUUCAAGAGCUGGUCUUUUCUCGCGAUCCAUGGGUGCAAAUCGGGAAACAACGAGAGAGGUGGGAUCUUUUCGUGGGUGAGAUAAUGGAUCAUCGAGGUUUAAUCUUCGCUGAGCUGGUAAAGUAUCCCAAACUUGAAGAUAGCCAUGCAAAAGAGCCCGGUAAAUCAGUUCAAAUCCACAACAAUCUUGCUGGCAAGAUCACCCAAGGAUACAAUCUUAUUUCAGAAAUGCAGCAGGCUCGGAAGAGACAUCAUGCAAAGUCAGGUAGUAAGUCUACCUUGCUCGAGCUGGUCACUGCGAGACGUGGACUUGGAGCAACCGAUCCACGAGAUUUGGUAUGGGCACACGUCGGCUUUGCUUCUGAUGGGAACGAUGGUGCUUUUCAAGCAGACUAUAAGAAUAAAUCUCUCGCUGAGGCUUACAAUUCGUUUGCUGGUCGUCAGAUUGAGUUGAAUGGAAACUACCAUCUAUUGCGCCAUGUUAACGAAUCUGGUAAACGUCUUUCGGGACUUGCUUCCUGGGCACCGGACUUGAGAGAACCAGCUUCUACUGCGAUAUACAGACCAAUGCUGAAUCCUCCAGAUGCAGGUCAUCAAGUGACUGCUCAAGGAGCUUCGUAUUCAGGUGACAUUUCUCUUGUCCGAAUCAGCAACCCUCCACUUCUAGCUCAUAUUGGUCAUGGAAAGGAGUAUAUUGUGGCUAGAAGUGCAACCAUCAGUCUACACCAUCCCACAGUCUUGAAGAUUACCCGGUUCGCUUCCAGACUUGAAGCCCUCUCAGAAGAUAUCACCGCCCGUCCCAUGUUUGUCGAAAUAAACACAACAGACCUCCAUUGGCAGAGAAGAGGCAUGGAUUUCACAAAGCUGUAUCGUGAUAUUUAUAGCGCAUGGCGAGAACUGAUCCAGGACGACAACAUACUCCCACCAAGAGACCCAGAGGAAGAACACAGGAUAAAGUAUGUGUUCGAAUGCAUAAUGUAUAAGCAAUACCAAACACCGAAUCCAAAACACACCAUUGAUGCUUGGCUCAUCCUCUGCGCCAGCGAGAAUUUCGCCCAGAUAUCAUUCUUCGAGAAUAGAGCACUAGCUCGAAUGAGCAGUGGAGAACUCGCCCUCGUCUCGAGCUCUUCUAAACUUGGGGACUUUGUAGUCGGGAUAUUGAACACGGAAAUCGGACCGAUGAGAUCUGGGGCAACGUUUUGGUCCCCGUUCUUGUUCCGGUAUCGAGAGGAUGAUCUUGAUCAGAAGACGUGCGAUGCUGUCCGAGAGAAGAUUUCUUUUGGCGGCCCACGUCGUGAGUUUAAAGGCGAGGAGAGCGAGAGGAAAGACUCCCUUGCGAAGCUACAUGAGCUUCCUGUUCGACAUUGUGAAUAUGUGGGGCCGUUUUUUGUUACGGGGAAUGAGUUCUAUGAUAAUUCGGAGGUAAUGUCUUCGAGGAUCGCGUGGAAUGGGUUUGCGACUACUAUCUUUGCCAUCAGUUGA